AUGAUUAGUGAUGCAUCAAGUGCAGCAGAGUUCCAUGGGGACAGUUCCUCGGUGUUGUCUGAGGAUUCCAGUGUAUUCUUCAGUGAACCCCCUCCACCAAGUGACAAUCUGCUGGACUUCUUCAUCAUUAAUGUCGGAGGAAGCCGCUACAUUUUAUCUCAGGAGCUGCUGGCCUCUCACCCAGAGACACGCCUGGGCAAGCUAGCGCUCUCCACCCAAGACUCGGCUUUAGACCUGUGCGAUGAUGCAGACUUUCUGGAAAACGAAUACUUCUUUGACCGCAACUCUCAAACCUUCCAAUACAUCAUGAACUUUUACAAGACAGGCCAUCUGCAUGUUAGAGAGGAACUAUGUGUGUUCUCGUUCCUGCAAGAAAUUGAAUAUUGGGGUAUCGAUGAGCUCCGCAUAGACCACUGUUGCAGGGACAGGUACUACCGCAAGAAAGAGAUCAAAGAAUCCAUAGAUAUUGAAAAAGAUGUCGAAAUAAAUAGUGUGGAGGACGACUUCAGUGGAGUACUGUGUGAGGACAUUCGCCGGCGUCUCUGGGACCUCAUGGAGAAGCCAGAUUCAUCCAAGGCAGCAAAAACCUAUGGGACGUUGUCUAUGUUCUUUGUAAUUGUGUCCAUCGUGAACAUGGCUCUGAUCUCUCUGGACUUUACUAUCCUUGGUGCACCUGUCUUGGAUAUUCUUGAGUACAUCUGUAUUGUGUGGUUCACCGGGGAGCUGGUGCUCAGGUUCAUGUGUGUGAAGAACAAAUGUAAAUUCAGCAGGAGUGUGGUGAACAUCAUUGACCUGCUGGCCAUCCUGCCUUUCUAUAUCACUCUAGCAGUGGAAAAUCUGUAUGGCGGGUCAACAGAAUUGGAGAACGUGGGACGGGUAGUGCAGGUCCUGCGACUGAUGAGGUCUCUCAGAAUGCUGAAACUUGGACGUCAUUCCACAGGUCUGAAGUCUUUGGGCAUGACGAUCACUCAGUGCUAUGAGGAGGUGGGCCUGCUGAUGCUCUUCCUCUCUGUGGGCAUUUCUAUCUUCGCCAUGGUGGAAUAUGCCAUUGAGCAUGACAUGCCUGAGACUACAUUCACCAACGUGCCUUGUGCCUGGUGGUGGGCCACCACAUCCAUGACUACCGUGGGCUAUGGGGACAUCCGCCCAGACACAGUCACUGGCAAGGUCAUAGCCUUCCUCUGCAUCCUCUCGGGCAUCCUUGUCCUCGCCCUACCCAUUGCCAUCAUCAAUGACCGCUUCUCAGUCUGCUACUUCACGCUGAAGAUGAAGGAGGUAGCACUACGGCACAGUGAGGCACUGAAGCGUCUGAAGCGCAACUCAACCUCAGAUGAGCUGCAGCCAGCAGUAGGGCUAAACCUGCGCGAUACCUAUGCCCACAGUGUGCUAGAACUGCUGCGGCUGUACAGCAGAGGGAGGACGAGCACGCACAGCAGCGCAGCAGAAGACGUCUGGUGAUAGUGGGACACAACAAAGAAAACUU